UGUUCUUUAGCCCUUUGUCCUCCUAUAUGAGUGCACAUUCCAUUCGUCUCUCAGUCCUUCCCCUUUGUCCUUCAUUUUGCAUAUAAUACAACACGUAUCGUCUCCGUCUGACUGUUUUUCGGUUCCUCUGUUUGUAGCUUGACACAUAAUCACGGCAUCCUCUAUAUUGUCGAAGUCUCUAGAUCUAUUUCCAGGCGACCACUUUUUUCUUGUACUGUUCCUCUACAAUGUCGAGCAACCAGGCCAGGAUCAAUGCACUGCUGAGGAAGUCACUUAUUGGGCAACUUAUUGACACCCAAUUUUACCUAUUCUCCGUUCGAUCGAAGCGUGACUCGGAGGGCAAUGCUACUAACCUUCAAGCACUGUUUGCCGAUGAUGAAGCCCUCACCACGGGCUCAGAGUACUUCAGUAACUUACUUUCCGAAAAUCCGUCCAAUGAUUCUUCUGUGGUCGAAUAUCAAGACUACCACGCUUGUGAAGGAGGGAUCUCUCUCGAUGAAUACGGCUAUGCGUCUGAUAGUGACCUCGAUGAAGAAGAGGAAGAGACCGACGAAACCGUACAAGAUAAUGAAAGGUGCGCGGAAGUCUCUGCGGAACAAGUAUCUCGAACGGAAUCGAUCAAGAGCUUGACUACAAAAAGAACCCCGUGUAUCAUUCCAGGCCGCAGACUGUUGGUAACAGAUACUGCGUUCAAUACCUGGCGGGCUUUAUUAGACUAUCUUUACACUGACGAGAUUGUUUUCGCACCUUUGCGAUCGCAAGCAAGCAAGUCAGCGAGACGUCGCAGCCUUGGCGAGGCCCCAUCAUGCUCACCGAAGUCUAUGUAUCGCCUAGCAUGCAAGAUUAGACACGACAAAUUGCAGGCCAAAGCGCUUUCUGCGAUACGCUCUAGUCUAACUGAGCACAAUGUCCUACAGGAACUCUCUUCGUCUCUGACAUCCCGGUUUCCUGCCAUUCUUGAGAUGGAAAUCGAGGUUUUAUUCGAGAACAUCGUUACUCCUACUAUCAUGAAAGACUUUCCGACGCUUAUUCAAAGGAUUGCUAGUGCUAGCCUCCCGCAUGGGGCUGACAUUCUGACGAAACUCCACGAAAGAAUGUUAAGGCAGCACUACCCUAGAAUUUUGUCUCCUCAGGCUGCACCUACAUCUGAAAAUGAAUGCAGCAGCCACGGCUCGCCGCCCAGUGGUCCGUUCAAAUUCAAAUGGGAAGAGCCACAAAAACCGGUGACGGGGCGGUUCAGGUUCUAAACACAUUAUAGGCACGCCAUUCGUGUAGGCUCCCGCAGCACAACAAGUAAUUUGUUGUCAUCUGAUGGUCUGGAGACACCCUUAACAGUAGAAUAUUAGCACGUGUCAUGCUCAAGAUAAAAUAUAGAUAUUUUAAUAUUUUAA